AUGACAUCCAGUGUCCGUAGUCUCAACAGCAGCAAGGACCUGGCCCUGACCGGUAUUCAACUGGACAAAGGUGCAACAAGCUGUCCUCUCCGCCAAGUUGGUGCCCAGGACCCCCUCCACGCCGUGAUCCUGAUGACCCCCCUCCCCACCCCCUGUACCUGCGGACUUACAGACGGACCACAACCGGCUCCAGUGGUUGUGCGCAUGUACCAACCGGAUCCGGAAACACCAGCUCUCCACUCCAAGGUACUGGACAUCUUCCCGUCCCCAGAGCAGAUGGCAACCAUGUUGUUUGACGUCAUGGAGGCCCUAGGCUGGAGGGAGACCUAUAUGGUGUACAACAAGCGGUCAGAGUUUUACAGCUGCUUUGAAGCCAUACUGAAUGAAGCAGCCUCCCGCGAGUUCCCCCUCUGGUCUCAGGAGAUUCCAGUUGACAAGGAAGACGGCGACGAUCUGGACGCCAUUUUGUCUGACGUCAUGACUGCAGGGCGGAUGAAUUCGAAUGUCCUUCUGAUGACAAGCGCUGAUGUUGUGGGGAUCAUUCUGGGCAAGGCUGCCAACAUGCUGCUUCUUACAUCACAGAGCCGUUGGAUCAUCACAAGUUUCGAUGUCCGAGAGAGUGACCUGCAGAGCGCCCGAAGCAGUGGAGCACUCCUGACGCUGCUCCGCCCCUUCCCUCAGUCAGAUCUUCCCUGGGGACGAGACUUGCCUGAUGGUCAGCUGUCUUACAGGAUGCGGCUGGCUUUAGAUGCAGUCAGGGUCGUGAGCAGCCUGUCUCCGGACCUGGAAACCUUCUCCGGAUUCAGCGGGCAUGUGUCCUUUGAGUUUGACAGCUGUGGGAAGAGGAUGAAUUUAACAGUCUUCGUUCAUGAGUACCUCCACGGGAAGACAAAACAGAAUAAACCAUACUUCAUGAAGAAACCAGGGAAAAGUGGCAAGGUUGGUUCGGCUCUGUAUCACGGCUAUAUGCUGGACCUGCUGGAGAUGUUGGCUUCACGACUGAACUUCACGUGGGACCUUACUGGGACGGGCAAGGCCUCUCAAUCGAAGAUGUUGGAGACAGUCAAGUCGGGCAAGUAUGACAUGGUGUUGUGUCCCACGGCAAUGCGGCCCAACUUGCAUGGAAAAAUAGAGUUUUCCCUCCCACUUGUCACACGCGGGUACUUCCUGACCACGAAAAAACCAGAUCGUCUGCACGAUCCACGUAUCUUCAAGUUCAUGAAACCAUUUUCUGGAGAGGUGUGGCUAUGCUUUGUGGCCGCCGCUGUGGGAGUGAGUCUUGUCUUGGCGGCAAACGGCCGUCUGAACCCGUACGAGUGGGCUCGAGCAGCCGGGCGGGGAGAGGUGUCGGCAGAGGAGGCAGACAACCUUAGCCUCGCCAACAGUCUCUGGUCCACUUAUGGAGCGUCUGUGAGCCAGGGACAAGAGUUUCUACCCCGAUCAGUUGCCGGAAGAGUGAUAGCUGGAACUUGGUGGUUUUUCAUACUGGUUAUCAUCGCGUCUUAUACCGCCAACUUGGCUGCCUUCCUGUCCCAUCCUUCAGUAGACCAGACCAUCAGGAGUCUGUCUGACCUGGCUGGGCAGACGGACGUGCCGUACGGAACCUUCAAAGGAUACAGCUUUUACAAGUUCUUAAAGAAGUCUCAGGAGGAGCCGUUUAAGACUCUUGGGCGAUAUCUCGACAAGAAUUCAGAUGAAGUCCUCACCAACAAUACCCGUGAGGCAUUUGAGCGCGCAGCUAAGGGUGACUUCAUCUUCAUUUCAGCCGGUACUUACGAGUACGAGAUUUUCAACAAGAGGUGUGACAUGGUCAUCCUCACUGACGAGUACUUCUACAAGUAUCAGGUCGCCCUUCCGUUUCGGCUCGGUUCGCCUUACCGGACGGAGGUCAACCUGGCCCUGAUGGACAUGGCAGCGGCCGGGCAGAUGGAUGUACUUGAGAACAGGUGGUUUAACAAGAAGAAUUACAACUGCUACGCUGACUCAGCUCCGGACGAUGGUGUCCUGGGAUUGGACAACCUGGAUGGCCUUUUCUACUACCUCAUGCUCGGAACGGCCGUCGCCAUGUUGGUGUCCAGUCUGGAAUGGAUGUCCGAGAGAGUGACCUGCAGAGCGCCCGGAGCAGUGGAGCACUCCUGA